UGUAAUAUUGGUGCUACUGCUAACGCUUUAGGUUAAAUAGGUUAAGAAAUUAACAACAACAGCAAACGUUUCAGUUGUUUUGCUUCUUUUAAGGAUUAUAAUUUUCUCCAUAUAUAUUAGUAAAUAGAAGAGAAGUCGCGAUGCCUGCAUUAGAGGUGUCCCAAAACAAUUCGAACAAUGAGAACGUCGACGAUCCAGGCCCAAUAAAUCCAGUGGUUGGUAUAAUCUAUCCUCCCCCCGAAGUAAGGAAUAUUGUUGACAAAACUGCCAGUUUUGUCGCAAGAAAUGGACCGGACUUUGAGGCCAGGAUCAGGCAGAACGAGCUGGGUAAUCCCAAGUUUAAUUUCUUGAAUUUGGGAGAUCCUUACCAUGCCUACUAUCAGCAUAAAGUCAAUGAAUUCAGAGAUGGAAAAGGUCCGGAGCCAACGUCGGCUCUUUCAGUGUCGAUUGGCAAGUUAACAGUGAACGCUUUGGCUCAGCAGAAGCAACAGGAAAUUUUAAAAUCGGUUGAACAACCUUUUGUGCCUAAAGAUCCGCCAAUAGAUUUCGAGUUUAUCGCUGAUCCACCUUCGAUUUCAGCUCUUGAUUUGGAUAUUGUAAAAUUGACGGCGCAAUUCGUUGCACGUAACGGUAGGCAAUUCUUAACGCAACUGAUGAACAGGGAGCAGAGGAAUUUCCAGUUCGAUUUCUUGAGGCCGCAGCAUUCGCUCUUCCAGUAUUUCACUAAGCUGUUGGAGCAGUACACUAAGGUUUUGAUCCCUCCGAAGAGCAUGCAACAGCGUUUGAGAGAUGAGGCUCGUAGUUCUAUAGCUGUUUUGGAGCAGGUCAAGUAUAGGGCCGAAUAUCAGAGGUAUCAGGAGGCGCAGAAGGCCCGCGAGGAGGAGAUCUUGGAGAAGGAACGUGUGGCUUACGCUCAAAUCGAUUGGCACGAUUUUGUUGUUGUUGAAACGGUGGAUUAUCAGCCGUUUGAAAUUGGUAAUUUCCCUGCGCCGACCACUCCUGAAGAUGUGGGAGCAAGGCUUCUUAUCCAAGAGCGUUUGGAGGAUGGGGAGGUGAUUGAGAUGCAGUUGGAGAGCGACGAAGAGGAUGGUAGAGGCGAUGAUGGCUUGAGUCACAUGGAGGAUAAAACCGGAAGGAAGGGCGAUAAGGAUGAUAACAGGUUGCAAGAUAUGGAUGAGGAGAGCUCGGGUGACGAAGGUCCUGAUGAACCUAAUCAACCGGCUAUACAGCCUCCGCUACCGCCAGCGCCGGAUAAGGUACUCGUUAAAAAGUACGAUCCUAAACAGGCCGUUAAAGUAACGAGGCCAACUGUCGGCGAUGACUAUUUGAUUUCCCCGAUCAACGGUGAGAAGAUUCCUGCUAGCAAAGUGCAGGAGCAUAUGAGGAUCGGGCUUUUGGAUCCUAGAUGGGUGGAACAGAGAGACAAGCACAUUCACGAGAAGAUCAACCAGGAGACGGUUUACGCGGCCGGAUCUGCCAUUGAUGCUAGCUUGAAGCUGCUCGCAGAACGUCGUACCGAUAUCUUCGGUGUUGGUGAUGAAGAAACAGCGAUUGGUAAGAAAAUCGGUGAAGAAGAGACCAGGAAAGAUGAGAAAGUUACUUGGGAUGGACACACUUCCAGCGUGGAGGCCGCCACCAGGGCUGCAAGAGCAAAUAUCACAUUGGAAGAUCAAAUUCAUCAAAUACACAAGGUUAAAGGUUUGUUGCCGGAUGAGGAGAAGGAAAAGAUCGGUCCAAAGAACUUGGGCGGUCGUAAAAUGAAUCCUGGAGCUGUCAUUUCAGCCAAACCUCAAGCCAACCCCAACCCAGUGCCGGUGAAACCACCGCAGGCGGCCAUUCAGCAACCGCCUCCAUUGGCUAUGCCUGUUCAGCAGCAAUCUCUUAUGGCACAGCAACCGUCCAUCAUGAUGAUGCCUGCUCCACCCAUGCCAACCAUGAGACCGCCUCCAUUAAUGAUGGCCGCUCCGCCCCCAAUGGCAGGAUUCGUGACGCCAAUGCAACCGCAGAUGGGACCGCCAAUGGGAAUGGGAGUCAAACAUCCCAACGACGGACCUAACGAGGACGAACCAUCCAAUAAGAAGCUGAGGAAUGAAGAUUCUUUGGUACCAGAAGCAGUUUUCUUAGCGAGAAACACCAAUCCGGUUACAAUAAAGGUGAAUAUUCCGAUGAUGCCGGAGAAGGCGGAAUGGAAGUUGGCCGGUCAGUCUUUGACAAUGACCAUGCCAUUGACAGAUUUGAUAUCGGUGCUCAAGGCGAAGGUGCAAGAAGAUACAAACAUGCCACCUGCCAAGCAAAAGUUGUUCUACGACGGUAUGUUCUUCAAAGAUCAAAACACGCUGGGCUAUUACAACCUGACGCAGGGCGCAUCCAUACAGCUGCAAGUCAAGGAGCGCGGUGGUCGCAAGAAGUAAUUUUAUCGUUUAUUGAGAGAGAGAGAUUUUUUUUUUGGGAAUUUAUUAAAGUGUCGAUGUCUAAUCAUUGAUAAAU